CAAGAUGGCGUUGAACUCAAUAUGCCGACUAGUUCUGUUAGUCAUUACAGUGCACUAUGGCGCCGCGUCAGACUUUUUAAGUAGAACAAUACGCCAAGCACCAGGCAGCAUCUUCACAGUGGGCAGCGGGGAGCCGUGCCUGGGCUCCGACAGAAGCACCGGCGGCGUCUGCCUCUCCAGGAACCAGUGCAACACCCAGGGCGGGAAGGCCAUAGGCUUCUGUGGAGUCUUCGCCACUUGCUGUUCUCUGAACGCGUGUGAUGUAAGAACCAACACAAAAGUAGCAGUGUUCAUCAACCCGCCGCUCAACAAGGAGUCUUCAGGCCUGGAGUGCUCCUACAAUGUGGAAAUUAACAAUAACAACGUCUGCCAGAUGAGGAUCGACUUUGAGACCUUCAACUUGGCACCACCUACCACCAUUGAACCCGUCGAGAAUGUGACCCAGCGUCCUGGUUACACGUGCAGAAACGACAUCUUCCAAGUCACCAACUUGCAGGCCAACUCCGACUUCCUGCCAGCGUUGUGUGGUGACAACAAUGGACAACAUUUGUAUGUACGUGUGAACGCGUCAACAAACAGUCGCUCAAUUCGUAUAAACUUCAAGAUAGCUGAUCGCAACACGCAGCCAAAUCUCCCACAGGCUACAUGGAAGAUCAAAGUCACUCAACUGGAAUGCUUCAAUACAUUAGGAAAAUAUCGAGAUGGUCUAUUUGAGGCUAUUACAUCUUCUCUACCUGCGACUCCUCUCUCCUCGUCUGCUGACAGAGAUGAAUACUUAAUCGCUCCCCCUGGCUGCUUGCAGUACUACCCUGAUCGUUCAGGAGCAUUUGAAUCCUUCAAUUACAACAGAGGUAGUGGCCCUUACAUCGCCAACUUGGCUUACGCUGCCUGCUUCAAGAAGACGCCUGAUGUUUGCGGAGUCAAAUUAACAGCGGCCAGUUUCGAGAUGGCGUACAGAACAGAAGACAACCUCUACCUGGACACGGACUGUCAGAUCAACCCCGUCACGCAGGGUACUCCGCAAUCAGAGGACUACCUGUUCAUCCCUGAAUCGGAGACCGCUGAUGGUCUGCGAGGGUCGAAGUUCUGUGGGAGCAGCGCUUCUAACCAGAUCAUAGCUUCAACACCACCCGGCCCGCUCUACGUACACUUCCACAGCGACAACCUGGUCACAGACGAUAUAAACGAAUAUGGCUAUAGAUUCAGUUACAACGUACUAAAUAAUUGCUACUUGAGAAAAUCUGUGAACGUUUAAGUUUUAAUUUAAAAUUAAACUUUUGAGUGCAUAGAGAGGUUGCAAAUAGCAUUGCUUAUUAGUGUUGCCAACCUUGACAGCUUUUUAUUUGACUGAAAUGGCAACGUAACUUAAAUUAAAAAAUAAAAUAAAGUGAGUGUAUAGAGAGGU